AUGUCUAGUAGAGGUCGAGGUAGAGGUAGAGAAGCUAGAGGCUCCGAUGACCUCAUAGAACGUAUGGCCCAACUCCUGGAGGCCAUGGUGCAUAACCAGGGCGGAGAGCUGGCUAAGUACCAAGGAUUGUCUGCCUUUACUAGACACAAUCCUCUGAAGUUUGAGGGAGGAUUCAAUCCCAAGGGAGCCCAAAGGUGGGUGGCUAAUGUAGAGAAGAUCUUCAAUGCCAUGGGGUGCCAUGAGGAGUACAAGGUGGUGUAUGCCACUUACUUACUGUGUGGUGAGGCAGAAGACUGGUGGAGGUUUGUCAGUAGAAAUUGCCGCAAGAAGAGCAUAAUCUUUGAAGCGAACACGAGGGGGAAGACGGUCGAUACUAGGGGAGCUGGCCCAUUGAGACAUGAUAGGAGACCCCCGAGGUUCUCAAAGGGGUCAUAUUCGAGUUUGAACAGUUCUCAAUCCCGAGGGAGUUCUUCCCAAGAAAAGAGCAAUGGGAGUGGCUCGAGAUCAGGGUCUUUCAGAGGACCGCUGAAAUGCUUCAGGUGUGGAGGGCCACACAUAGUGAAGGACUGCCCACAACCGAAGAUAACUUGCCACAACUGUGGGAAAUUAGGGCACACUACUAAUGUGUGCUGGGCCGCCAGAAGAAGCAGUAGUGCAAGUGCAAUCCAGAGGCCUAAAUCAAGAGGAAGUGCAGGGCCGAGUACGGGGCAGAAUUCGAGUAUUCCUGGGAGAGUCUUUGCUAUGAAUGGAGCAGAGGCUUCACAAUCUGAGGAACUGAUCCGAGGUAAAUGUAUAAUUAAAGGCAGACUGCUUGAUGUGUUGUUUGACUCGGGUGCUACACACUCUUUUGUGUCUGUGGACUGUGUGAAGAGUCUGGGUCUGUAUGUGGUCGAACUGCCAUGUAAUGUUGUGGUGACUACCCCUACAGUGCUGAGUAGAAUUGGUCCUACAACAUACCGGAUUGCGCUGCCUCUGAAUCUCUCAAAUCUACAUCCAGUGUUCCAUGUGUCACAGCUUAGGCAAUAUGUGCCGGAUCAUUCCCAUGUGAUUGAUCUUGACCCAGUCCAAGUGAGAGAAGACUUGUCAUAUGACGUGUACCCGGUGAGAAUUGCUUAUCGCUGCGUUAAACAGAUUAGGGGCAAAGAGAUCUCAUUGGUGAAGGUAAUAUGGAACUCAAGUGAUAAGGGCGAUGCCACAUAG